AUGGAUGGAAAGAGAUGUCGGGGUAGAAUGGUACACGGACAAAUCAACAUGGCGUCAUUUGGAGGAGACAAGGUCACCAAUGGCUCCCUUCUCUUAGCAGCUCAUAAUGGAUUCAAAUUGGGUCGCAUGGGAUUAUUUUCGAGAGGCUUGUAUGACCGAGCUGAUCGCACGAAAGGAUAUUAUCCACCACCAUCAAACACGUUCCCUUUAAUUUCUAACGAUCAUAAACUAUUAGGUAACAAAUAA